AUGAAUAUGAAUGCACACAGUUUGCUUACCGGUACAAGUUUUGAUCAUUUAUCUGUGGAAGUGAUUGGCGAUGAGUGUCCACUGGACGAUUACUUUCUCGAAAAUUUGUUCAAUGAACCUCUUAAUCCUUCCUCCGAUUUUAAUCUAUUUGAAGAUCUAGAUGUUGCAGGCACUUGUGAUCAGAAUGAUCUAUUCGGAUCUAUCGGACAUCCUGGUGAAAUACAUGAAUCCAAUGGAUAUAUUCCAGCUCCAUUUUUUUCAAAUUCACCAUCUGAUAUUGAUCAAGAUUUACUCGUUAAUAACAGUUUACCAGUUUAUCCGAUUGAAAAAAAUAAAAAGGUCAAAACACAAAAAAAAGCUAUAUUACUUUCUUCUUCCGUUGGUGUUGGUCAACCAAAACAAUCAUCGAAUCCAUCUAAUAAAAUUAAACUUGUACACGAUUUAGAAGAAAAAUAUCGACCAAGAUAUAAAAGUGAUUAUUUUGCUAACAAUGGAACAACUCGAAAACCAAGAUAUGUGACUGAUCGUGACGGUAAUCAUUAUAUAUCCCUUCAAGUACCUCAACAUAUGCGAGGUCAGAUUCGAAUUGACUGGGUAACGAUUCCCAAUGAAGAUAAUGAACGAUUCGUUAUGCCAUAUCAAUUUCAAGCCAGUAAUGACCUUGCUGAUGUACCUGAUUGCAAUCCUAUGUACGAAGAAAUUCAUUCGAAUUCUUCAGGUUUAAUGAAAAUUUACUUAGUAUUAAUUAAGGCAAAACAAGAUGCAUUAAAAGUAUUACAACCACUUCAACCAUUUCAUCCAAUACUAGAUGCACUUGGAUUUACUGAUACACAUAUAUAUGAAAAGGCGCCCAAAUUAACACCUAAAAACUUAAUAAAAAAAUAUCAACUUACGAAAUCCCAACUAGCAUUUACAUUAUGCACAUUAAGUAGCGAUCGUAAAACAUAUAAUUCUGAAUGGGACACGACUGUUUUUUCGACAGUUUUGGAAGAGGAAGGGAAUACGGAGAAUUCAGCGACGAAAAUAAUAUCUUGCCCAAAGUGCUCAUGUUCAAUAAAUAUCGAUAUUGAUGAACCAAAAACUCAAGAAACAACAGGAAAUAAACGAAAAAGUAAACAAUUUAUGGGUGAAAAAGUAGCAGCAGAAAAAGAUCCAAAUGCUAAUACCCAAUGGAAUGAUCAAUUACGUCGUUUUGGUAUAAUCGGAGAAAAAGAAGAAAAAGAAGAUAUAAAAACUGAAGAUGAACGUUUAGAAAUCUCUCGAGCUGAACAAUUGGAUAAGAAAACUCUAGAUGAAUUAGAUGAACUUGAAGAUGAAGACGAUGAACGUGUUUUACAAGAAUAUCGACGAAAACGAUUAUUAGAAUUACAAGAAAAAGCAACACGUGCUCGAUUUGGUGAAGUUAUUGAAAUCUCUGCAAUUGAUUAUGUUAAAGAAGUUAAUCAAGCUGGAAGUGAUAUAUGGGUAGUUCUUUAUCUUUAUAAAUCAGGACUUCCAAUAUGUUCAUUAAUUAGUGAUCAUCUUCGUUCAUUAGCUAUUAAAUAUCCACAAACAAAAUUUGUUAAAAGUAUAUCAACUGUUUGUAUACCAAAUUAUCCUGAUAAAAAUUUACCAACAGUAUUUAUCUAUAAUAAUGGUGACCUUAAACAUUCACUUAUUGGUCCAUUUGCAUUCGGUGGUAUGAAAUGUCGUUUUGAACAUUUAGAAUAUAAAUUAUAUGAAUUUGGUGCUAUUGAAACAACAGAAAAAUUAACUAAACCUGACGAUAUGAAAAAUUAUGGAGCGAAUGAUGCAGCUGAUGAUUUUCUCCGAUCAUCAAUUCGUCAAAGUAUGAAAAAUGAUAGUGAUGAUGAUGAUUAG